AGGCCUGUGGAAUUGGACCUUUUGAUUUGAAAUCCGUCUUCAAAGAAGAAUCAGCAAAUCGGAGACUAGUAGUGGCGGCUUUCUUUAUUCACUGCAUUCUCUUCUUCAUCUUCGUUUCAUCUCAUCUCGUCUGCAACCGAGCCUGUAGCUAGUUCUGUUAGUGUGAAUAUCAAUUGAUGAGAUUGGGUCUCAAUGACAAGUUUGUCAGCGAAAGCAGCCUUUACAAAUGGGUCUGUCUAUGUCUGUAAUUUGCCUCAGGGGACUGAUGAAAACAUGUUGGCUGAAUAUUUUGGCACUAUUGGGUUGCUAAAGAAAGACAAGCGUACGGGUCGACCAAAGAUAUGGUUAUACCGAGAUAAAGCAACAAAUGAACCAAAAGGAGAUGCUACAGUUACAUAUGAGGAUCCACAUGCUGCAUUGGCUGCUGUUGAAUGGUUCAACAAUAAGGAUUUUCAUGGCAAUAUAAUUGGAGUUUUCAUUGCUGAGUCUAAGGGCAAAGAUGAAAAUGCCUAUAACUCGGUUGCAGAUCCAACUGUUGGUGAGGAUUAUGGUGGAUUAGAGGAAAAUUCUAGGGAUAUGGAUGCGAUUGCUGGACGAGGUAGAGGUCGGGCUGAUGCUUCAGGGAAAGCAUGGCAACAGGAGGGAGACUGGAUGUGUCCGAAUACAAGCUGUUCCAACAUAAAUUUUGCAUUUCGUGGUGUGUGCAAUCGUUGUGGAACUGCUCGACCUGCUGGGGUAUCUGGUGGUGGCACAAGGACUGGUGGUCGUGGGAGAGGUCGUGGUGGCGUUGAGUCAGGGAGCCAUGGCCGGCAAAUUGGUGCUUCUACAGGACUUUUUGGUCCAAAUGAUUGGCCUUGCCCUAUGUGUGGCAAUAUCAACUGGGCAAAGCGAACAAAAUGCAAUAUUUGUAACACCAAUAAACCUGGUCAUAACGAGGGUGGUGUGAGAGGAGGUCGCGGUGGUGGUUACAAAGAACUUGAUGAAGAAGAAUUGGAGGAAACCAAGCGACGUCGGCGGGAGGCUGAAGAUGAUGGUGAGUUGUAUGAUGAGUUUGGCAAUCUGAAGAAAAAGUUCCGUGCCAAAACACAACAAGCUGAAGCUGGACGGGUGCUUCCAGGUGCUGGACGUGCUGGAUGGGAUGUUGAGGAACUAGGCGUGGUUGAUAGAGAUGGGAGAGAGAGAAGCAGAGAUAGGGGAAGGGAAAGGGAAAGGGAAAGGGAUGAUAGGCAAAGCAGCAAGAGUAGGGAUCGUGAUGAUUGGGAGAGGCGUCGAAGCAGAGAGAGGGAUCGAGGUAGAGAUAAAGAGCGGCAUUAUGAUCAUGAUCGAGACAGAGAAUAUGGACGAGACAGGGACCGAAUCAGGUAUCGUCAUUGAGGUUGGAAGGAAUACCUGGGGGUUCUGUAGUGUUGUCUUAUUGGAUAGGAGUGGCAAAAUUUUAUAUGUUGGAAAGAUAGCAUAAGAACAUUAGAUUUGAGAUGAGUUGGCAUCUUAAGCAAGUUGAAUUCUGGGAUUAUAUUCAGUUGUUCUUAAUGGUAUAUUUCUUAAUAUUGCGAUCUGCACUGUAUUUUAAAUUUUCUUGGAACCUUGUACUGCUUGGAUGAAUUGGGGAGGUCAGAACAUGGAUUGGAACAAUUUUAAAAUUUCUUGGGAUUGUCU